UCCAUAGGCAGUUUGACGUUUCUGAUGUGGUGAACGUGGAAGGAAAAAGAUGGCUACCAUCUGGUGACGUUCGUCCGCAAUUGCAGCUAUCAAAUGCUCUUAAAAACAUCUGGCGGUUAGUUCUCGCUAUUCUUGCGGGUGUUUCUCUACGUAAAAGUGCGUGAAUAAGUGAAUAGUGAAAUGAUGAACAUGUGGAAAGUGCGGGAACUGAUGGACAAGGCGACCAAUGUAGUUAUGAACUACACAGAGACAGAAGCAAAAGUUCGAGAAGCUACGAACGAUGAUGCCUGGGGUCCUACUGGCGCCAUGAUGCAGGAAUUAGCUCAGGCAACAUUCACAUACGAACAAUUUCCUGAAGUGAUGUCCAUGCUUUGGAAAAGAAUGUUGCAGGAGAACAAACGCAACUGGCGUCGCACGUACAAAGGUCUGCUCCUGCUUAACUACUUGGUUCGCAACGGUUCGGAGCGUGUUGUAACGUCAUCUCGUGAACACAUCUAUGAUCUGCGAUCGCUUGAAAAUUACACGUAUAUCGAUGAAUUCGGCAAAGAUCAAGGAAUAAAUAUCAGGCACAAAGUCAAGGAAUUGAUCGAUUUCAUCCAGGAUGAUGAUAAGUUGCGAGAUGAGAGAAAGAAAGCGAAAAAGAACAAGGAUAAGUAUGUUGGUAUGUCUAGCGCAGCUAUGGGGAUGCGAUUUGGCGGUGGAGACAGGUGGACGGACAGUCCAAAGUGGACUAAACCAAGUACAGACAGUUACAAUGAUUGGGACAGAGAUAGUCGAGGAAGGGGAUUCGAAGAUGGCAACAACAGCGAUGAUGGAGAAAGAGAGGACUCUGAUAACGACGCGCAUUCCAGCCCACGAAGAGGUGGGCGAGAGUAUAGAGAUACAGCUGAGACGAUGGACAGAGUUAGUAAAACAUCUCAGUCGUCAACACCUUCUGCGAAUGCUUCUCCGGCUAGAACAGUUAGAACCAUUAAAAAGGUUGAUCUGGGAGCUGCAACUAAUUACGGAAAGGAACAGUCUAAUAAUAGUUCUCCGACAAAGCAAGGAAAUCUAAUGUCAUCACCAGUAAAGCAGCAGAAGAGUAAGAACGAUAUAUUGAAUGAUAUCUUCGACUCGCAGAACGAGAACAAUACCCCUGGGAAAGCUGAUAAUGAUGAUGACUUCAAUCCAAGAGCCAAUAACUAUACGCCAAUACAAAGUCAGAAUGCCAAUGCUGACUUUGGUGACUUUGCUAGUGCAUUCAACAAUCCAGCAACCAAAACGAACGACAAUAGUGACGAAUUCGCUGACUUUACUUCGGCAUUUAAUGCCGGGGUAACCAUUUCCAAUCCACCAGCUACUCAGUUGCAAGCUCCACAAGCACAAAUUUCGUUAAUGGGUGCAACAAUACCAAAUAUUGGCAAUCCAAUGGCCGGCAACCUGACCAAUCCGCUAAUAGUGGGUGCUCAGUCAACAGCCGCACCAGGCUUUGGAAAUAUCGGAAGCGCAAAUAUACUUCCACAGAAUUCGGCAAUGGGAAACAAUCUUUUUAAUUCCCUGCCACCGCAGGGAGUUAAUAAUCAAGUCGAAACUCUGAACAACAGCAAUAACAAUACAGCAACUUCCAAUACAGACCUUCUAGCAGAUUUGGGUGGUUUCAAUUCUUUACCCACGAUUUCACCAAUGGUGCAAGCAAACAAUGUCAACAAUGCGGAUAUAUUCAAUACUGCCAGUCCCACGUCCACUGGGAAUCCCAUCGACUUUAAUACGGCUUCAAGACCCGAAGAAAGCGUUGCAACAGUGGAAAAUUGCAUAAUUACCGCAACUGAUCGAAUUUUGGAAACGCUUCACGCCAUCGACACUGUUAAAAGCCAUACUAAUCUGCAAACGCUGAGAUCCAGUAUUGCUAAUUACGUGAAAUUCUUGCCUGGACCAAUUACACCACAGAAAUACAUCGGAUUGGAUUAUGAUAAAAAAAUCGAUAGCAUACUCCACGGUCAAAUUGUGGAAGGAGUUAUAGAGAAAUUUGAUCAUAACUGGCCUUUGAAUAACGGAAUUUUAGAUUCUUUGCUGAAGGAACUAAUCGUUGUCGAAGGUUCCUCAUGUUUCGUAUUACACGAAACAUUGGUCCCUCUAACUGACGCACUUAAACAAAUACAGAAUGAAAGAAAAAAGUUCGUAAUCGUACAGAUUUUGGAAGAACUGAUUAAAAGCGAUGCAAUAUAUUCUGCGGUGGUAAAAGCUUGUAAAACAGAAGGAUCGAUGGGAGUAUCACCUGUCGGUAAUGUUCUUACUCCACUGUCAACCAACGUUAAAACAUCACCUUCGAGUAACACAUCCUCAGCUCAAGUUGGUUCAACGUGGGCUGGAGCAGGACUAAAUAUUGACCUCGACAACAUUAUGGGAAGCAAAACGAAACAAACUGGACCUGCACCAACUAUGAAUCAAUUGGCCAGUAACAGUCCGCAGCACCAAGCCAAGUCUAUGGAGAAUAUCUUUUCAGCAGUAUCUACAACUGGAUAUUCCUCGGCAAUGACGCAGCCACAGUCUCAAACUAAUCCAGCAUUCUUUCCUGCGUUCCAAUGAGACAGAUUCAUUUGAUAAACCUGUCCGGCAAUCGGAAACAUCUUGUUCUGGGGUAGAUAUUAUAAUUAGUGGAUAAAUCAUUAAGGCUUGCUAUAGUCGAUCAACUUCAUCGUUAAAUUUGAAUCUUUCAUCAACCAUCACACAUUACAUAAUAUAGUAUAUCUCCAAACUGUACAGAGUUUAAAUUCAUUAGCCGCCAAAUGGCAUUGGGAUAAAAAUCCCUUUUUAAUCUUGCGUUUCUGAUCCAGAAAGCUUUUGUUACUAAAUGGCGUGAUUGUAGAUUCAUUGUAGAUAUUAUAAUUUCAAGCAAUAUUUCCUUUCUAAAUUAGAGAUAACUAAUUUGACGUCUAUGAGAGUGAAACAAGUUUCUUUCAUUAAAGACAUUAGAGUGGCGAAUAAAUCUGUAAUUAAGUGAAACAAAGAAAAUACACAUGGCAAUGCAAAACUCUCAUCGAUUGUAAAUUACAAAUUGGUGAUGAUAACUAUAGCAGGUCUCCAUUAGAUAGGUACUAAAUUUGUAUGAAUGAAUACAAAUUGAUAUGUGGUAUGAGGACGUGGCUGUGUCAGAAAUUUGGAAGAUAAAAGGAAGGAAACAAAAUUCAAAUACGAGAUAUAAUUUUGAAUUUUCUCGCGCGGUGGUUUAAACGUUGGCUGGUAGCUUGUCAAAUUAAUCUCUAGAAUGUCACAUGCAUGUAUUCAGUAUGGCGUAGCGUUUAAUCCACGAAAUACAAUAAUCUUCCUUGACUAGGACCACCUAGAGCACGUCGUGGUGUGUGAAAGUGUACAUUAUGGAAAAGAUUCAUGAGAGAAAUCGAUGCAUUACGCGUUUUAUGCGUAAUUCAAAUGAUACAUUUUGAAGAUCAUGCUAUUAUAAAUGUAUCAAGAAAUGUUCGUGGUAAAUUUUUACACAAAGAAAAAUCGUCAAGUAAUUGAUUCAAUGCCGUACAACAGCACCUUGAUUCCGUACCAGGUUUUUGGAAUGAUAGCUACAUUCGCAGAGAAUGUGCACAUUUAACAAGAUAUUGAUAAAAAUCAAUUUUAUUCGUGCGCUACGAUUUACGAAAAAAUUCUGUACCUAUCAUCAGUUCAUCAAUAAUGAAUGUACUUUACUAUCGUUUUUCGAUAAGUAAUCAUUAUUAAAGAUACUUGUCUUUAAAUAAGAAUGAAAUUGUUGACGAUACGUGCUUCCCCAACACAAAUUUAGUUUUGCACCAAAAAUGCAUUAUGUAUAAGAUAAAUCAAGAUGUGUGAAGUAUAACGAUAUCGAAUCUUGUUAAGAUAUGAGAUGAUGGAAUAUCAAGUUUUACUAUGCUACAGUAGCACAACAAAAGUAGCGCAAUAGCCUGUCAAAUAACUCGAAAAUUAGAUUCGUCUAUAUGCGACCGAUUAGUUUCAUAAAAAUAUUAACGUGCUCUAAAAUAUGAAUACAUCGAUGUAAUUUCUCGACCAUAAGCGCUCAUAUGGUCGCAUGAAAUUUUCGUCUUUUCAUAAUACUGAUACAAAACAGGAUCGCCCAAACAACGGAACAGUACAUUCCACUUUUGUAUAAUACGCGAAAAAUGUUAAAAGUUGUCAAUAAUUUCUUAGAAAAGUCAUCUUUAUGUACCCCUGCGAUGUCAAAAAACCCAUGGGCGAUGUAUAUGUCACAAACGCUUUUGCUAUGGCAGGACACGUAUAUGCCGUUACUUGCAUAAUUACAGUUUCAAAAGUAUAAAAUCACCAAAAUUAAAAUAGAAACUUAUGUCACUUAGAUUGUUUGAGCAGUUUCAUAUUCAAGCAAGAUAUUUAGGGUUUAAGCCAUGAAAGAUUGAUCCCUCAAACCAAAUUCGUUAUUUGGUUAUAGAUUUAAAAUUCAACAACAAAUUUAUAGAAUCACUUAAUGUCAAAAACAUGUAUGAUAAUGAUUUAUUUAGUUGUAAUUAUUAAGUUUAUAUGUUUGAUGUGUCACGUUCAAUAGUAUUAUUUCUAAAAAUAUCUUUACUAGAAGGCCCCAUGAUACUUCAUUUAAUGUAAAGCAAGUUCAUUGCAAUAUGAAGAAUACGUGUCGCAUCACAUUUCAUAGCAUUUGAAAAAUCAGAUAAAUUUUAUAAAAAACGAAUAUGAUACAAAAAAGUGACAUCUCUAUUGUUAUAACCGUUCCGUACUUAGUAUGAUGGAUGCAUAUCUUUCAAAAUGAAUAUUGAGUCGAUCACUUAAGUAAGCAGACAGUUAUUAGUAAUUAGUUACUAAUUAACAUAGUUUCUUAAGUUAGCUUUUUUUCUUUCUACGUAUAAGUGGCAAAUUUUAGUGAAUAAUUAAGGGACUUUGCUGCAUUUAUAUGUUGGAUCGUGGCACGUUUAUUCUGAAAAUUGAGUCUGGUGAGACUUCAGAUUUGAUUUGAACAAUCAGGUACAAUAUGUGCGAUGAAAUAUAUCUGUAAAUGUAAAUUUCGGUAACCGCGGUUUGGUGCCUUCGAAUGAAAGAGAGAAAGAGAGAAUAACUGUAUUCGAGUGAAUGUCGUUAUUUUUAAGAGUCCACUGUGCGAAAUGAUAUAAGAUAUCACCGUAUGCAGCAAAGCCUAAUUUUAGCAAUAUAAGGAUAAUAAAUAUUAUCCAAGGAUUAAUUUUUUUAGCGUUAUAUAUUCAUUAAAAUAUCAAUUGCGAUAGAACAGUCGUCCAGCCAUGCAAAACGUUCUGAAAACUCUUUCUUACUUUUAGGCCCGAGGCAAGUCUUUUAUUUUGAAUUCUUUCUAUCCCCCCACCCAAGAGACUGAAUUGUUUCCCCCCAUUUUCUUUAAGUCUCAUAACUCGUGCAUUUAAUACAGGGUGAGAUGUGUAAAGUGGGUAAGAAUAGAUUUUCAUGGGCAACUACUAUGCAAGGUAUAUUAAUAUAUAAAUAUAUGUAAUUGAUAUAGUAUAAACAAAAAUUGAUGUGGUAUUUUAUACUAUGAGUCUUGCACUACCAUUUGAUACGAAAAUCCGUUGGAAAGGCAUUGCAGAAAAAUUCGCAACACUGUUUUUUAUGUAUAAGUAUUGUGAAGACCAACUGUUCAGAUUUAGAUUUUUCAUUCAGGAUCGAGAGCCUUCUAAGGUAAUAUUGAGUGAACGUCAAUUAUGUGAUUAAGCGCAUAUUAUCUAAUAGAAGGAUCUAACUGUGAACUUUAAUUAAAAUUCAAUUAUCACGAGUGUAAUUACUUAAACGAUACAAUUUGGAGAACUGCAAGUUAUAAAAAUCCGAUAACGAAUGAAAUUCUAAAAACAGUAUCCUACUUCUUUAUAAUAAGUAUUUAUUAUAAAUCUUUUUCCAUAUAUUUAAUAUCCAUCGAUAUUGCAUUGACAACAAUGUAGAAAUUACUCAGUCGUGCAGCAUUGAAAAAAUUAUAUUGCCUGAAGGUAAAGUUUUGAUUGUUGGGGGGGAGGCAGAAAAUUGAAUUAAAAUCCAGACAAAAAAUCAGAUAAAUAAUAUCAAGAUCUAUAAACAAAAAUGAUUUGAAAUCAAGGUAUAUAUUCAUGAGACGAGCCUCUACUGGGUUAUUGCAUAAAAUGUGAACUGUAGAGUAGUAAGUAUAGGGCGUAUCGAUGCACGAGACAUUAUUUUAUUUAGAUUGAAUGAAUUUCCUAUUGAUUAUUUUUUUUUUCGAACGUGGUGAAGAUUAUAUUGCAAAUAACUUUUUCGUAUUUGUACAAACUAAAAACUGUAUGUCAUUGUAAGUUGUUGAAUUGAUACUCUGGUUGACAAGGUGUAAUCAAGUGAGAGAUAAGAAUGUGCAUCGGUAAAAAAUCAAUACCUGCACACGUAAUUAAUGAUUACGAACUCCACAAGUUGUCAGUCGAUUUUCAUUGUAUUAUAAUCAAGAAUUGUAAGUAAUAAUUCAAAAAAUUUAUACCUAUGUCUUUACCUUUACUAUUAUUAAAUGCUCAUCGGUGCUGGUAUUAA